AUGGCCUGUUGCUGCCCGGCCCCAGUGGUGGACCACCGAGGUAGCAGAUGUGCCAAGAGAGGCUGUGACGAGGUGUGCGACAAGGGCACUCUAGCCGAGUACACCUUCUGUGUUGCUUUUGCCGUGUCCUCCUUUACCAUCCGCGGCACAGUGUUUAGCUACGCUGUCAACGACACGCAGUCGAAUAUGGUGGUGCUUGAUAACUGGCACGGGUGGUUUGUGUCCGCAGCUGUCACCUCCACCGAGCUCUCGAUGACGUACAACUACAAGGCGACCACAGUGGAGGUGGAGGACCUGUACGUACUGGAAAGGUGGCGGAGGGUGUGUCUAGUAGGAGUUCGCGGUCAAAACCACACCAUAUAUCUAGAUGGCGUUGUUCUCCACUCGUGGCCUUGGAGGAGGGAGCCUUGUCUCCUCCCUGACGGAGCUCUGGUCAUAGGGCAAGACCAGGACCUUCUGAUGGGAGGCUAUACUGCAGGCCAGUCAUUCCGGGGCAGCGUUACGGAGAUGAAUAUUUGGCGUCGAGCUCUCACGUCCCAACACAUCCAACGCUUUGAGUCGUGCGAGGCAGACGCUGGGCAAGAAGGAGACUGGGUGAGCUGGAACCAAGCACCCUGGCGUGCCAUGGGUCGAUAUUAUACUACCACCACUGACCCAUGUCAAGCUGCCACGAACUCCAUUAUCUUCUUCAACAUACGAUCUACCUACAAAAAGGCAACCAAAACUCUUGAGAUCUUGGGACUCGAUCCUUAUCUUCCCCGUGACCAGACUGACGCCGACCAACUUCAAGACAAGAUGCUGCUCUAUGGCGAAAACUGCCUCAACGAUGCCAUGCAAGGACACAGUGUUUGGAUACGCGCUUAUUUCAACUUUACCUCCAAAUACUGGCAGGACACGAAAACGGGAGAGCGGCUGAAUUUUAAUUUGGAGCGGCGCAAGCGAACUUAUGAAAGCUCACGUGGAGCUGUGCAAGUCGGCAAUAAUCUAUGGAUCACUGACGAUACCGAAAAUGACAACUGCUUUGCUGGAUUUCUACCAAAGAAAACACCAAUCUUUUAUUUACGAGGGAUUAAGGUCAACAGGCUCCCCAGUAAACAUUCGAAUGCUUUCAUUCUAUAUCAGACAAUGUCAAAGUACCUUUCCUUCAGAGGCCUCCAACGUCUCGCCAUCGAAUACCGCUCGGACCAGUGGGUUCUUUCCGACGAAAAGACAAAUACGACUCUGGGAGUUCUCGUCUCCGAACAUCUCCCCGUUGGCCGUCACUUGUGGUAUUUGUACUACGAUAAAAGAUUCGGAAUUAAAGAAGAAAAUCUGACCCUGAGCACCUGCUCCCCAGACCACUUCACGUGUGACGACGGCUCCUGUGUCAAGAUGAGCCACCGCUGUGACCUUGCGAGUGACUGCAAGGACUGGAGCGACGAGCGAAAUUGUGACAUCGUAUUGGCGCCCACUGGUUACCUUCGAAGCCUGCCGCCUUCCCCUUCCCUCAUUAUUGAUGUCGAUGUCUUUCUGGACAUCAUCGAAGUUAACCUGGUGGGGAUGACGCUCGUCUUGGAUCUGUCGUUAGAACUGAGUUGGUACGAUCCUCAUGUGACGUACCGCAACCUGCGCCCCAUUCACCGCACCAACAUUGUGUCCACCAAGGAGAGCGAGUGUCCUUUGUGGCAGCCCAGCCUGUCGGUGGCGCCCACCUACAGCUUUGCGAUCCAGAAGUCCUCAGUGAUGGUGGUGCGCCAAGCUGAUGGGGUCAUCAAAGGAGACGACACGGUGUUUGAGGGGCGAGAGAACUCCCUGCGAAAGACGGUUCAACUUCAGCCAGUUGUUCGGUGCAACUUUAACCUGCUACUGUUUCCCUGGGACGUACAGGUGUGCAGCUUCAACAUUAUCGUGGUAAACAUCCAUGCGCAGGGCAUGAGAUUUAACAGGUCGUCACGUGCAGUGUACAAGGACGGGCUGGUGUUGGAGGAAUACCUGCUCAACAAUAUGACGCUAGUGCCGGGCGAGGACGGCAACACGGCAAGCAUCACACUGGUGCUUGAGCGACGUUACCAGAAGUACCUGUGGGACACCUUCCUGCCCUCCGCCAGUCUCCUCAUCAUUGGCUACGGUACUUUGUUUCUUCCUGCCGAGUCUUUCAGCGACAGAGGAACCAUGAGCCUCACUUCGCUGCUGGUGCUAGUGGCUCUGUACACAGACUCCCUUGACACAUUGCCCACUAUCCCUUACAAUACACUCAUGGAUAUUUGGUACAUCUUUUCAAUUGCUUUCCUUGGCCUCAUCAUUGCUACUCACUUAUGCACGAGCAAGAGUCCCGACAACCAAUUCAGCAUUCAAUAUCAAAAAGGCAACGGAAAGACUGGCCAGGCCUGGUCAGUGCCUGAUACUACUCAGGUUCACCCAACACGAGCAGCCCGGGUGUUGCGGUACGCACGCUUGGUCUUUGCCUUAACCUUAGCACUCUUCCUUGUAUUUUAUGCCUGGCCAAUACUCGCCGCUGGAAGUAUUACAGAGAAAUAA